UUCUGGUUCGAGCCGCCCCGUUCCCCCCGCGGCCGCGCCGCGGUCGCUUUUCGCUUGCAGUGGGCGGGGGCGGCGGCCAUGUCGGGCGUCGCGGUGGAGUGCCGGCUCCCGCUGGCGGCCCCAGCGCCGAGCAGCGACCCGCGCGCUUCACCGCCCAGGGACCCUGUGCUGGCGGAGGUGGAGCCGCCCUGGGCCAACAGCCUGUGCUUCCUGGUCGAUAUCGUGAGCCUGGGUGUUCUCGCCAGCGUUAUUGGCGCCGUAUCUUACGCCUACGGGUACGUUGUUGGCGACGUCCUGAGUAAGUGGCUCACUUGGGCAGGCGGCGGCAAGAAGUACCCGCAGGAGUACCUGAAUGACGGGGGCCUGGGCUGCCCCUGGUGGGUCUUGCUCUGCUGGCUGGGUGGAACCGCGGUCGGCCUGCUGAAAGUGGCGGCGGGGUUCGACAGCUACAGUCCCUUCAUCGUCGAGAUCCGCUCGCAGCACUGCGACACCGUGCCUGGGCUGAAGACGUGCGCCUGCUGCGUCGCCACGCUGCUCUCCGGGGCGGCGAUGGGGCCGGAGGCGGGCCUGGCGUCCCUCGGCGGAGGCGCGGGGACCUUCUUCGCGGACUGCGUGGCCCGCCUGGGGCCUUCCUGGGCCGCGGAGGCGGACGAACGCCGGCGGCUCUACGUGCUCGGGGGCAUAUGCGCGGCGUUUGGCACCAUCUUGCCGUCGCCGUGGGUCUCCCUGCUGAUCUGCGCGGAGUGUUCGAUGCUGCUGCACGACGCUGACGGCAAGCAGCUGAGGCUGUUCGGCAGGCGAACGCUGUACAUGCUGGGCUACGUGGCCACGGUGGCUCUUGCCGUUCGCUGCGCAGUGGGUAAGGCCCCAUGGCCAGCGGACCUCCCAGGGGGCACGUGGCGCAGCGGCGAGGAGCACAGCAACGCAGUGUUGCCGAAGGCGGUGCUGUUAGGCGUGAUCGGUGCGAUGGCCUCGCUCGUUCAAGGUGUCGUCGGUGCUGUUGUGAAGCUCAUUUUCGCCAAGAUCGGCGCUGGCAUCGAGCGCUCUCUCGGAACUCCCGCCCGGAUUACAGCACUUUGCUCCUUGGCAGGCCUGCUCACCGGCGUGCUGGGCUAUAUGUGCCCGAUGUCGCUCACUUCGGGCAAAGAUACCAUGUUGCCGAUGAUCGCGUCCAGGUUGACUCCAGAUCCCACGGGGUCGAGCUGGUACUUGCUGUGGAUCGCUGUCGCCAAGACGCUGUCGUUUUCGGUCGCGUCCGCAGGCGGGAUGGUAGGCGGUCCAUUCUUCCCGGUGCUCUUCGUAGGAGUGGUAAUUGGCCAGAUGUGCGCCCUGAUUCCUCUCGACUGGGGCCCGCAUCCAACGGCAGUCACCGUGCCAGUCGUGAUGACCUGUAUGCCCGGCUCGGUGUUCCCGAUACCGUUCACGCUCGUGGCCGUCGCGUUGAGUUUUUUCCACUUGGACGCCGAAGGGUGCGUGCCGAUUCUGAUAGGCAUCAUGACCUCCUACACUCUUGUCGUCGGAUCUGGCCUCUUCAGGGCCAUGUCGCGCGGCUGA